GAGGUGAGUAGUGGCCCCGGGCCCAGAGAGGGUAACUCCAGUCCGCGCGACUGUGGCCGGGGGCUUAGUCCAAGGGGAGGAUCGAAGCGGGAGGGUUCAGCGGGAAGGAGUGUGAAAGGAGUACCUGGUUUGGUGGAAGAAGAGAUUGGAAUGAGAUUGUUGAGAGGAAAAGGGCGGGGGCGGGAAGCAGACCGGGUGGGGAGACCAGCUCUGAGGUGAAGAGUUUGGGUAGAACAAGGUAGAGUAAGAGACUGGUUGGAGUGACGGAGAGUAAAAACAGAAGAUUUGGGGCUGCAGAGGGAAACUCAGGUUCUAGCAAACAAGAGCACGGAGUAAGGAAUUCCUUCAGAAGACUGGAUUUGGAUUCUGCUGCCUGCUCAUUGAGAGAUCAUUGUACCUCGCUCUCCUUCCGCACCCCCAUUCCCCCUGCACCUCACAGUUAUUGUUGAGCAUUUGAUUAGUGACAAAGCUAAUUACCGUUUGAAACUUUUCUGUCCAUGGCUGUUUAGUUUGCACAUCAUCUUAUGGAAGUAACAGUGGCACCUCAUUUAUUGCUUUGGGCUUUCAAAUUGCUUAUACUUUGUAGCCUAUCAUUCAAUUCUAGUGGAAUAUGAGACCCGUUAAGGUGUAGUAUUGAGUCCAGUUUGAGCUAUUGUUCUCUUUUUCCUGCAAAAUGGCACUGUCUAAGAGGGAGCUGGAUGAGCUGAAACCAUGGAUAGAGAAGACAGUGAAGAGGGUCCUGGGUUUCUCAGAGCCUACAGUGGUCACAGCAGCAUUGAACUGUGUGGGGAAGGGCAUGGACAAGAAGAAGGCAGCCGAUCAUCUGAAACCUUUUCUUGAUGAUUCUACUCUCCGAUUUGUGGACAAACUCUUUGAGGCUGUGGAGGAAGGCCGAAGCUCUAGGCAUUCCAAGUCUAGCAGUGACAGGAGCAGAAAACGAGAGCUAAAGGAGGUGUUUGGUGAUGACUCUGAGAUCUCUAAAGAAUCAUCAGGAGUAAAGAAGCGACGAAUACCCCGUUUUGAGGAGGUGGAAGAAGAGCCAGAGGUGAUCCCUGGGCCUCCAUCAGAGAGCCCUGGCAUGCUGACUAAGCUCCAGAUCAAACAGAUGAUGGAGGCAGCAACACGACAAAUUGAGGAGAGGAAAAAACAGUUGAGCUUCAUUAGCCCCCCUACACCUCAGCCAAAGACUCCUUCUUCUUCCCAACCAGAGCGACUUCCAAUUGGCAACACUAUUCAGCCCUCCCAGGCUGCCACUUUCAUGAAUGAUGCCAUUGAGAAGGCAAGGAAAGCAGCUGAACUACAAGCUCGAAUCCAAGCCCAGCUGGCACUGAAGCCAGGACUCAUCGGCAAUGCCAACAUGGUGGGCCUGGCUAAUCUCCAUGCCAUGGGCAUUGCUCCCCCGAAGGUGGAGUUAAAAGACCAAACGAAACCUACACCACUGAUCCUGGAUGAGCAAGGGCGCACUGUAGAUGCAACAGGCAAGGAGAUUGAGCUGACACACCGCAUGCCUACUCUGAAAGCCAAUAUUCGUGCUGUGAAGAGGGAACAAUUCAAGCAGCAACUAAAAGAAAAGCCAUCAGAAGACAUGGAAUCCAAUACCUUUUUUGACCCCCGAGUCUCCAUUGCCCCUUCCCAGCGCCAGAGACGCACUUUUAAAUUCCACGACAAGGGCAAAUUUGAGAAGAUUGCUCAGCGAUUACGGACAAAGGCUCAACUGGAGAAGCUACAGGCAGAGAUUUCACAAGCAGCUCGAAAAACAGGCAUCCAUACUUCGACUAGGCUUGCCCUCAUAGCUCCAAAGAAGGAGCUAAAGGAAGGAGAUAUUCCUGAAAUUGAGUGGUGGGACUCUUACAUAAUUCCCAAUGGCUUUGAUCUUACAGAGGAAAAUCCCAAGAGAGAAGAUUAUUUUGGAAUCACAAAUCUUGUUGAACAUCCAGCCCAGCUCAAUCCUCCAGUUGACAAUGACACACCAGUUACUCUGGGAGUAUAUCUUACCAAGAAGGAACAGAAAAAACUUCGGAGACAAACAAGGAGGGAAGCACAGAAGGAACUACAAGAAAAAGUCAGGCUGGGCCUGAUGCCUCCUCCAGAACCCAAAGUGAGAAUUUCUAAUCUGAUGCGAGUAUUAGGAACAGAAGCUGUUCAAGACCCCACGAAGGUAGAAGCCCAUGUCAGAGCUCAGAUGGCAAAAAGACAGAAAGCGCAUGAAGAGGCCAACGCUGCCCGAAAACUCACAGCAGAACAGAGAAAGGUCAAGAAAAUUAAAAAGCUUAAAGAAGACAUUUCACAGGGGGUACACAUAUCUGUAUAUAGAGUUCGAAAUUUGAGCAACCCAGCCAAGAAGUUCAAGAUUGAAGCCAAUGCUGGGCAACUGUACCUGACAGGGGUGGUGGUACUGCACAAGGAUGUCAACGUGGUAGUAGUGGAAGGGGGCCCCAAGGCCCAGAAGAAAUUUAAGCGUCUUAUGCUGCAUCGGAUAAAGUGGGAUGAACAGACAUCUAACACGAAGGGAGAUGAUGAUGAGGAAUCUGAUGAGGAAGCUGUGAAGAAAACCAACAAAUGUGUACUAGUCUGGGAGGUAGGUGAUCCUUUGUAAAACAUUGUAAAACUUUAGCCAACUCCUCAUUAUUUAUACUAUUUAAGUAGAGCAAUGGAAUGUAAGAUCUAAUCAGUGAAUAAUCCCUUAAAUAAUUUAUGUUUCUUUUUGGAAUCCAUUUUUAAAUGGUUGGCAAUAAAUUCUUCCUGAUCAUCUGUUUAGUUAAAUUGAUGAGUAUUUAGUAUAUGCUAUCUGGGGAAGUGUGUGGACAGUGCUGCUGGUAGCAGGAACACAAAUUCUCUACCAAAAAUUGUUUAUUUCACAGUCAUGAAUAUGAGACUUGGAAAGAGGGGAAUGAAUUGCUGUGGGAUUUACCUUUGGAUAUAGUGAAGGAAGUAUGAUACUUAAGAAUAUAGUUAGGAGGCUGGGCAGUGCUGCUUAUUAGCUGUGUAAUCUGGGCAAGACACUUAAUGUCAAAUUCUGUUGCCUUAGCUAUAAAAUGUGGAUACUGUUUGCUAUCUAUAUUGUCAAUUUUUUGAGAAUGAAAUUAGAUAAUUGUGUGAUAGUACUUCAUAAAAUGUGACUAAAUCACUCUUCAAGUGGAAUAUUUUUUAUGG